AUGCAAGAAAGAAUAGGGACAGUUCUGCUGAUUGUCCGGGAGCAUAUGGAGUCGGCACAACUGGCCCAGAGCCAGGUAUACAACCGGGCCGCCCAGGAGGUCAGAGAGUUUGUGAGUCGGAAUAAAGAUGUAUUCUCCGAACUUACUGGACGCACCUCCGUAGUCAGACAUGACAUUGUCACCAAGCCUCAGGUCAAAGUUCGCUUAAAGCCAUAUCAGGUGCCAGAGGCUCGGCGACAAGCCAUCUCUAAAGAAGUGAAGUCGAUGAUGCGACUAGGGGUCAUUGAAGAGUCUCAGACAUAUGUGAGGGGUGAUGAGCAGAGUACAGAGGACAUUCCUGCAGAUAACCGCCCAGAUGACUGUACAAGGAACUUAGAGAAACAUUUGGUAUCUUUGGAUUUUGAAGUAGAUGACUGUGGUAUCACACGAGAUACAUUUGAAGAGCAUGCCAAUAUCCAAGAUAUAUCUAAAUCCAAUCACAGCAACAAUGCAUCAUUUGAUUCUUUUAAACAGGUCCGAUCUUCUGAUUCAUCACAGACUGUAACACAGAAUAAAAGUCACAGAAGAAGUGCUAAACAUCCAACAGCACACGUAGAAGAAAAGCCAUUUUCAUGUUCAGAAUGUGGCAAACGUUUUACCAAUAAUUCAGAUCUUGUUAAACAUCAGAGAAUUCACAGAGGAGAGAAGCCAUUUUCAUGCUCAGAAUGUAGUAAGCGUUUUACUCAGAAAUCAUAUCUUGUUGUACAUCAGAGAGUUCACACCGGGGAGAAGCCAUUUUCAUGUUCAGAAUGUGGUAAAAGUUUCAACCAUAAAUCACCUCUUGUUAUACACGAGAGAACUCACACAGGGGAGAAGCCAUUUUCAUGUUCAGAAUGUGGGAAAUGUUUUACCAAUAAUUCAGAUCUUGUUACACAUCAGAGAAUUCACAGUGGAGAGAAGCCAUUUUCAUGCUCAGAAUGUAGUAAGCGUUUUACUCACAAAUCAUAUCUUGUUGUACAUCAGAGAAUUCACACUGGGGAGAAGCCAUUUUCAUGUUCAGAAUGUGGGAAAUGUUUUAACCAGAAAUCAGCUCUUGUUACACAUCAAAAAACUCACAGAGAAGAGAGGCCAUUUUCAUGUUCAGAAUGUGGAAAACGUUUUACCAAUAAUUCAGAUCUUGUUAAACAUCAGAGAAUUCACAGAGGAGAGAAGCCAUUUUCAUGCUCAGAAUGUAGUAAGCGUUUUACUCAGAAAUCACAUCUUGUUGUACAUCAGAGAGUUCACACCGGGGAGAAGCCAUUUUCAUGUUCAGAAUGUGGUAAAAGUUUCAACCAUAAAUCACCUCUUGUUAUACACGAGAGAACUCACACAGGGGAGAAGCCAUUUUCAUGUUCAGAAUGUGGGAAAUGUUUUACCAAUAAUUCAGAUCUUGUUACACAUCAGAGAAUUCACAGUGGAGAGAAGCCAUUUUCAUGCUCAGAAUGUAGUAAGCGUUUUACUCACAAAUCAUAUCUUGUUGUACAUCAGAGAAUUCACACUGGGGAGAAGCCAUUUUCAUGUUCAGAAUGUGGGAAAUGUUUUAACCAGAAAUCAGCUCUUGUUUCACAUCAAAAAACUCACAGAGAAGAGAGGCCAUUUUCAUGUUCAGAAUGUGGAAAAUGUUUUAAGCAUAAAUCAAUUCUUGAUAAACAUCAAGAAACUCACAGAGAAGAGAAGCCAUUUUCAUGCUCAGAAUGUAGUAAGAGUUUUACUCGCAAAUCAUAUCUUGUUUUACAUCAGAGAAAUCACACAGAGGAGAGGCCAUUUUCAUGUUCAGAAUGUGGAAAAUGUUUUAAGCAGAAAUCAACUCUCUUUUCACAUAAAAAAACUCACACAGAGGAGAGGCCAUUUUCAUGUUCCGAAUGUGGAAAAUGUUUUAAGCAGAAAUCGUAUCUUGUUGUACAUCAGAGAUUUCACACCGGGGAGAAGCCAUUUUCAUGUUCAGAAUGUGGAAAAUAUUUUAGGCUGAAAUCGGCUCUUGUUGUACAUCAGAGAAUUCACACCGGGGAGAAACCAUUUUCAUGUUCAGAAUGUGGGAAAUGUUCUAGCAAUAGUUCAGAGCUUGUUGUACAUCAUAGAACUCACACAGGAGAGAAGCCAUUUUCAUGCUCGGAAUGUGGGAAAUGUUUUAAGCAUAAAAAUGCUCUUGUUACGCAUCAGAGAAUUCACACAGGAGAGAAGCCAUAUCCAUGUUCAGAAUGCGGUGAAUGUUUUAAGCAGCUUUCAGCUCUUGUUUUCCAUCAGAGAGUUCACACAGGGGAGAAGCCAUUUUCAUGCUCAGGAUGUGGAAAAUGUUUUAAGCAGAAAUCAGCUCUGGUUACACAUAAAAAAACUCACAGACAGAAGCAAUCUCCAUGCUUAGCCCUUUAGUGACCUCCUUUAUGUUUUGUUGUUUUUUUAAUUCUUUUUAUUGAAACAUUUUACAUUUUUAAAACAGGGACAGAAAUGAAAAAAGGGGAGGGAAAUAUACCAAGUUUUCUGGAAUUAUACAUCGUUUGAAAUAGUCCAUCUAUAUAUAAAAUUGGUUUCUAGCAAUCAUCAUAUUAGAAAAUAUAAUAAUAGUAUGAUAAAGAAAAGACAUGAAAAGGGGAGGGAAAGGGAAGGUUAAGUUUGAAGAGCGCCCAAAGUACCUUUUAAAGAGGAGAUUAGGUAUGAGGAGGUAUACUGGAAUGGUUUGACUAUCUCUGAGAUUUCAGAGGGGAUGAAAUGUGUGGUCAGAAAAGUCUUCCAUUUUCGGAAGAAUUUAGUAGCAGAGCUCUCUUUGUGCCUUUUUGCCUCAAUCUGAUCAUACCUGAACAGUAUAUUCAGUUGUGAAAUCACUGUUGAUAUGUCUGGCAUUAAGCUGGAGAGCCAGUGGUGUAAUACUACUCUCUUGGCCACCAGCAAUAUCGAGUGGAGGAAGAGAGGAAAAUUUUGAGGGCGAGUAGCUUGGUGUGUUGGAAAUAUAGUAAAACAAUAUGAAUAUAGUAAAACAACAAUGUUCGAGGGGGAGAUUGAUCGACCAGUAUGUCCUGACAUAUACUAUCAGACUUUCCCAAAAUAUUGAGACCUGAGGGCAUGACCAUAUGCCAUGCCAAAAAUCUUACGCCAGCUUUUUACAUUUGGAGAAAAAGUAAAGAGCGAGGAUUAAUCAGAUCUUAGGAAAUGAUUUAUCCGAAAGAAAAGAAGAACUUGAGGUGCCAGUGGAGUAGAAAUGUUAGUGGUGGGUAUACCACUUGGUACAUAGUUGCAUAGUAUAUAAGGCCGGAAAAAAAAUAUUUGUCCAACCAGUUCGGCCUGUUAUCCUGCAAGUUGAUCCAGAGGCAAAAGGCAAAAAACACCUGUGAGGUAGGUGGAAGCCAAUUUUCCCCACUUAAGAGGAAACAAAAAUAAGAAUAACUCCCGAUCAACGACCAAUCUCUAGUAGCUAUAGCCUGUAAUAUUAUUACACUCCAGAAAUACAUCCAGGCCCCUCUUGAACUCUUUUAGUGACUAACUAAC